CCCCGCCCCGGGCCUCCAGGCUCCGCUACUCCGGCCCUCCCCGUCCCCGCCGGCUCGGUGGCUGAGGCGCAGCGCUGUUGGCCUUGGAACCCCUGAUCAUGUCGCUGCGAGUGGCGAGGAGCGCGCGGGCCGUGGCCUGCAGUCUGCGCACCGCCCUGGCCUCCUGCCCGCCGCGGCCCUGGGCGCCGAGCGCCGCCGCCGUCCGCACGCUGCGCACCGGAUCCGCCCUGUUGUCGGUGCGUAAAUUCACAGAGAAACAUGAAUGGAUAACAACAGAGAAUGGUAUUGGAACAGUGGGAAUCAGCAAUUUUGCACAGGAAGCUUUGGGAGAUGUAGUUUACUGUAGUCUGCCUGAAGUUGGGACAAAAUUGAAAAAACAAGAUGAGUUUGGUGCUUUGGAGAGUGUGAAGGCUGCCAGUGAACUCUACUCUCCUCUCUCAGGAGAGGUAACGGAAGUCAAUGAAGCACUUGCCGAAAACCCAGGGCUCGUCAACAAAUCCUGUUACGAAGAUGGCUGGCUGAUCAAGAUGACACUGAGUGACCCUUCUGAGCUGGAUGAAUUAAUGAGUGAGGAAGCCUAUGAGAAAUAUGUGAAAUCCAUUGAGGAGUGAACGUGGCACCCCUCCACUCCCAAACAAGACUGUGGGAAGUAGCCUUCUGCAGCACGCUUGUCUAAAAUUAGUGGAGGAUAGAAGACUUGAAAUAACUUUUAGCAAUACUGAUGGGAAGAAACUGUUCUGGACAGUGCUACUUAAAAACCCUGCCACCACUUCCUAAUGGGUGCAGAUAAACACAGUGACCAUAUUUUUCAUAAUCCCAUGCUAGCUAUUUAGACUAGGGGCUUAAUCCCUGUGUUUAGAAUUCUUGAGAUCAUCUAUGGUAAAAGUGGUUAUGAAGCUGGGUUUGGGGGCAAACCACCCUUUAAUCCCAGCACCCAACAGUCAGGUGUUAGUUCGAGGUCAGCCUGGUUCACAUAACAAGUUCCAGGCCAGCCACAGUUACAUGAUGAGACACUACCUAGUGAUUAUAAGAAUUCCAUAAUUCAGGAUAACAGUGUUGUAAAUCUCACAUAAUAUUGUAACUUGCCGGUAUUCACCACUGGAUUUUGGUCAAAAGACUUGUGUGUGUUCUCAUUGGAAAUGCCUGGGAGCACAGGAAAGUAUUUUAUGGUUCAGAUGAAGGACGGUACUGUCUUAAUUUCACGAAGUGCUGUGUUGACUGCUGUUUUCCCACUGUGAAGCACUGGCUCUGCAACACAGUGAGAAACAAAUAAAAUAUUUGUUCUCUUUGUUCA